AUGGACAAGCUCAUCAACGCCGGCAAGGAGUUUCUGGAGAACCAGACCCAGGGCUCCAACCAAGGCCAAGAGGCCCACGACCGGCGCGACGAUGACGACGAGCUGAAAAACGCCGACCACGAGGCCUCGAGGCUCGCUGGCUCGUCGGGCAGCACCGACCUCUUCUCCAAGGUUGUCGGCGCCCUCGGCCAGCGCAAGGGGCAGAUUGCCAACGAGGACAUUGACGAGGAGGACGUCGCCCGCAAGCACAAGCAGGCGUACGAUGACGACUCGCACGGCGACGAAAACAGCCUCGGCGCCGCGGCCGCCAUGCAGGCGCUUAAGAUGUUUGGCAAGGGCGGCAGUGACAGCGGCAGCAGCAGCAACAAGGAAAGCCAGGGCGGCCAGGGCGCGUUCUUGGCCAUGGCCAUGUCAGAGGCAAGCAAGCUCUUUGACGUCAAGGCUGCCCAGGGCAAGGUCCCCGAGGGCGCGAGCAAGGAAUCCACCAUUCAAAAGGCCGGCGAGAUGGCCAUGAAGAUGUACUUUAAGAACCAGGCCAAGCAGCAGGGCGGGCUGAUGGGCAUGGCGUCGCAGUUUAUGAAAUAG